GCGGAUAUAGUGAAUGCAGGGUCCGGGGAGAGCAGAUAUAGUGAAUGCAGGGUCCGGGGAGAGCAGAUAUAGUGAAUGCAGGGUCCGGGGAGAGCAGAUAUAGUGAAUGCAGGGUCCGGGGAGACCAGAUAUAGUGAAUGCAGGGUCCGGGGAGAGCGGAUAUAGUGAAUGCAGGGUCCGGGGAGACCAGAUAUAGUGAAUGCAGGGGUCCGGGGAGACCGGAUAUAGUGAAUGCAGGGUCCGGGAAGAGCGGAUAUAGUGAAUGCAGGGUCCUGAGGAGACCUGAUAUAGUGAAUGCAGGGUCCGGGGAGACCAGAUAUAGUGAAUGCAGGGUCCGGGGA